GAAUGUUUGUAUGAAACUGUUGAUGUGGGGAAUUAUGAUUGGUGCGAUGACAUAAGGGUCACUAAGCCGCCAUAUGCUUGUCUUUGAAGUAUUUAUGUUUAAAUAUUUAGUAAUAUAGUUUAUGAGAGAUGACAAAUAAUUCUUGGUGAAUGAUUUCUUAGAGGAUCUCUUUGGUAGGUCUUGAAUUGAGAGUUGAGACAGGCCUAAUUCAACCCCAAAAGCAAGCUCAUAAGGUGAGGGUCGACAAAGUCUUUUUAAGCUCUACUUUGGCCGUCUCUCUCGUGGAUGUGAGAUCUCAUUAUACCCCUCAUGCUCAAAAGUGGACAUCGGGAUAUAUGUCUUUUUUUAUUGCGCUGGAAAUUCGCAAGACCAGGUUGAUUCUGCUGGGAAAGUUGACUGUAAGGUAAAUUGCAUUGGAAAAUCUGCAGAUCGAGGUAGAUUGCUUGGGAAUCAGCAGGCUCAGGUUGAUUUUUAGACCACGGUGGGGGGUCCUAAAUUGGAUCUAGGAUAGACUCUAAUACCAUGUCAUUACCUGCAAAGCUUAAGUGGGUGAAGACAUAUGUUUUAUAUUAUAUUUCAAACACCCCCUUAGGAAAGAACACAUUUUCCUUAGUUUGUUGGCCAGUGAUAGGUACCAAUAGUUAGUGGUUUAAUUAGUUAGUUGAUAGAGUUAGUUGUAAGUGUGAGAGUUAGAGGUUAUCUUCGGGAUCAUUUGUAAUUGGAAAUUAGGGAGAGGUGCUGUGACUCUCGCAUUACUGAGCAACAAAAUUGUAGUUUCAUUUGUUAUUUAUAAAUAACAUCGGUUCUUUUCUUCUUCUGCAUUGGUUGGUUCUUAUCAAGUGGUAUCAAAGCUCUAUCCUAGAGUGAGGGGGUACCAGAAGAACACUCAUAGAUUGCAAGAAAAUGGAAGAAAAGUUGAGGAAGUUGGAAGUGUGGAAGAGAGAGUAGAAGGCUGGGGAGGAGGGAGAGAUAGAGAGAGAGAGAAGCAAGAUUCAAGAAACGGAAGAAGGGGUGGAGAAGCUGGCUAGGAUAUUUGGUGUCUGACAAAAUCAAAAAGAGAGGGAGAAGAGUUCAGUCAUGGUGGGUGAAGGGCAUACAAAAGGACAAGAGCCACAUAUAGGGGCUGAGAAGAACUUAGGUUCGAAGGGGGACAAAAUUGGUCUUGUAGACAAGAAAAAUGGUGAAAGUAAUGAGUCGAGUCCUGAGUAAAAAAUCUUGGAGCUGGAAGGAAGAUCAGAAAUCAGAAGCAAAAGGGAAGUCUUGAAGACCAAGAACCAUGCUAGUAGAGAUAGUAUUGGAGAGAGACGAUGCAAGGCAGGUCAUUGGAACAGUACGAUGAAGUCAUGAUGGACAAAGCAGCAACCCUUGAAGCAUGGGGGAGAGGGAGUAAAUUGUUGUAGAGGUUCUGGUAUGGAGAAUCGCACCACCCAAAUGAACAACCUUCAAUGGGAGAAGAAAAGAAAGGUGAAGUUGGUGGGGUAUUUCAGGGUGCCUCUUCGCUCCAGAAUGUUGAUGUAAUCCUUGAAGCAUAAGAAUAAAGAGAAGAGAGAGGCUGAGAUUGCUGGUCAAGCGCCCACUGCCUAAAUCGCUGUAUUGGGCUGCGAGGGAAUUGUGUUCGUAUUAAACCAUAGUUAUAGUUACUAUAGUGACACUAACAGAGCUCAGGGUAAAGAGGGAUGCAGCCUUGCUACUCUAGAACCACGAGGUGGUCCAUAAGCUGACAACAGCACUUAAGGGAACGAAGUCAAUAGCAAAGACGAAUGCAGCGAUAAGUGUCGUCUUGCAAUGACAAAAAUGUUGAAUGUCGUCAAACAAGGUGACCAAGCGGCCACCGCCAAAACCGCUAAACUACAGCUCAUCCAUGGAGGAAGAUGGGAUGCAAUCAUGCAAAUAGUCACAAUGUUGUGGGUGUCAGCAUCGUCACAACUACCGGCCAACGAGGCUUGUCAAGUGGUUGGCGUGCCUUUGUUGGCCGUGACGAAGGUGGAGUUGGUCAAACGUUCAUCGCCAGCCAACACCAGUUAUUGGUGCGGUGGUAGCUGGCUCUUCACGAUGUAGUCAUGUAGUAGGUAGGUGUCCAUAAGAAACAAAGCGAAGAAGGCACAACAGGAUUGGAAUAAUAGAGUUUGGAUCAAUCUGUUGACUGCAUGGCCCAAGCCCAAAACCCUAAACUAAUGGAAUGGGUCUCUAUGCUGCCAACUAUCGAGUCCAGGUAGGAAGGUUAAAUUUCUUCAGCAAGCUUGGUUAUAGACAAUGGUGAGGACAUCUGCUAGUAACAAGGUGGUCUCCUUGACAGUGAAAUUGCACAUCUGGAAAGGAAGUUUUGUGAUUUUCCCUAUUUUGAACUUUUGAAAGAAUUGUCCAUUUCUUAAGCUUUACUUUACGUUGAGGACAAGGUUUAUACAGACGGAGUAUAGAUAGGUACCCAUAAUUAGUAGUUUAAUUAGUUGUGGGAGUUUUAGUUAGUUAGAGAGUGGAGACGGAGAGAGUUAGAGGGGAAUAGCAUCUUUGUGAUCAUUUGUAAUUAGGAAUUAGGGAGAGGUGCUAAGACUUUCAAAUUACUCAACAACCAAAUUGUAGUUUCAUUUGAUAUUCUUGAAUAACAUCAGUUCUGUUCUUCUUCUACAUUGGCUUGGUUCUUAUCAGCCAGCCAUGGUGCAAGCUUCAUCACUCACCUAAUUGGCUCUUGCUUGAACCAUGCAUAGUCUCACCUACCUUGUGCUUUAAGAUCAAUGGCCAGAUUGCUUGAUCAUCGAGGCUCUGAUACCAUCUAGACUUUGCUUAUUCAACCCCAAAAUCUAGCUCAUGAGUUGGGAAUCGCCCAAGCCUUUAUUAACUUUGCUUAGGCCAUAUCAUUAGUCGAUGUGAGAUCUCAGAUAGUAGAUUUACAAGGUUUUAAUUGCUGAAAAUUGCAGACAAAUGCAGCGGAUGUAGCCACAAUUUUAGUCGCAGAGACCUCCAAACAAUGAUAUUGCGACCCCAAUCACGGUUGCAGACCCUGGUUUAAAACCUUGAAGGUUAUCAGGAGUUUAAUUUUUUCGAAGGGCUUUCCAGCAUUGUAUAGUAGUAGACAUCAAAUCCAUCACCAAAGCAGCCCCAUAGUUGAGGAUGAACAUGAUCCAUUUUCACUGGUUGCUGAUGAGUUAUCAAUUCUUGGUAACAAGCUGCGAGAAAUGGUAGUUGCUGAGGUUCCUAAGCUUGCCUCAGCUGCUGAAUACUUCUUCAAAAUGGGGGUAGAAGGAAAAAGAUUUCGUCCUACAGUUUUAUUGUUAAUGUCUACUGCAUUAAAUCUGCCAAUACCCAAAGAACCUCCUCCUAUUGAGCUAGGAGGUACUAUGACAACCGACCUACGUUCAAGACAACAACGCAUAGCUGAAAUAACAGAGAUGAUCCACGUGGCAAGCCUUCUUCAUGAUGAUGUACUGGAUGAUGCAGAUACUAGACGUGGCAUUGGUUCACUAAAUUUUGUAAUGGGCAAUAAGUUGGCAGUAUUGGCUGGGGAUUUUUUGCUUUCGCGGGCUUGUGUCGCUCUGGCCUCUUUAAAGAACACAGAGGUUGUAUCUUUAUUGGCAAAAGUUGUAGAGCAUCUUGUAACAGGGGAGACCAUGCAAAUGACUACAACAUCUGAUCAACGCUGUAGCAUGGAAUAUUAUAUGGAAAAGACAUACUACAAGACUGCAUCAUUAAUAUCAAAUAGUUGCAAGGCAUUAGCCAUCCUUGCGGGGCAAACAGCAGAAGUUGCAAUGCUUGCGUUUGAAUAUGGAAAAAAUCUGGGUUUGGCGUUUCAAUUAAUAGAUGAUGUGCUUGAUUUCACAGGCACAUCAGCUUCCCUUGGAAAGGGUUCUUUAUCUGACAUUCGACAUGGAAUUGUUACUGCUCCAAUAUUGUUUGCGAUGGAGGAGUUCCCUCAGUUGCGUGCAAUUGUUGAGGACGGCUUUGAAAACCCUGAGAAUGUUGAUCUUGCUCUCGAGUAUCUUGGAAAAAGUCGCGGUAUUCAGAGGACAAAGGAGCUAGCCAUGAAGCAUGCUAACCUUGCGGCAGCAGCAAUUGAUUCAUUACCUGAGAGUGAUGAUGAGGAAGUAAGAAGGUCAAGGAAAGCACUAAUAGAUCUCACUCACAUAGUCAUUACAAGAACAAAAUGAAAGGAAACAAUUUUCUUUUUCUUUUUUUGUUUUGUUUUGUUUUACUCCAUUUGUGUUGGUAGCAAAGGGAAGCUCUCUCGCAGUAAUCUUUUUUUCUUUCUUUUUUGAAAGUCUCUGACUUUAAUCAAUAGCUAAAAAUUGUUUUGUUGUCAUUCUUCAAUUCAUCUAUUAUCCUUCCCCGAAGCCAAAGAUAUGUGGGGGAAAUAAGUUCUUUGUAGUAUUAACGUUAUCGUCCUUUAUUAAAUGUUUUUACUUCCUUUAUUAUUUUAUAUGAAA